AUGGCUACGCAAACCGUUGAAGAUAGUUCUAAACCUAAACCAAGACGAACUGGUGCAGGUAGUUUAUUGAAACCCUUGAAUUCGGAAUAUGGGAAAGUAGCUCCAGGUUGGGGGACUACUCCUUUUAUGGGGGUCGCAAUGGCUUUAUUCGCGAUAUUCCUAUCUAUCAUUUUAGAAAUUUAUAAUUCUUCUGUUUUAUUGGACGGAAUUUUAACCUAUUAG